AUGGCUUUGUGGAUUGAAACGGAAUACAACGGUAACUCUACAUGGCCCAGAGUGGGUGCUAGCUCACUUGAGAGGCUAACCAAUGGAUACCGACUUGGUAUCCUUCGCUUAGAACGCAAUGACAUUGACAGGACACUCGGUCUCAUCACUGCGAACAAUGACGGCCCAGUAUGGAAUCCAUCGAACUCUACUCCACAGAUAAAGUUCUGCAUCGGAGACUACGAACGUUACCAGGAUAAUGUCAUGCUUGACCCUUACAAGCUACCACUGCCGGCUGUUUCUGCAUUCGCUUGCUUCAAGUCGACGUCCGAUAUCACUCGUGUUGCCGAAAUCGAUCGACUUGGACUGGUGAACGGGACAAUAUCUUACUGCACACUAAACUAUUGUGCAAAGCGAUACUCCGGCAUCACCGUACGAAAUGCAGCCGUAAGCUACGAAUCAGUGGAGGAAUGGCCACUGCACCCGACUGGCGACCCCUAUAAGGCAGGAUCUGGAUAUGACCAAACGUUUCGGGCUGAAGGCUUAAACGAAACGUUCUAUAUCGGCAAUCGUUCGACCCUUUGGCUCGGCUCUGCCACGUCGAGGAUUCUCAAAUCUACCAUACUGAGCACGUAUUUCGUGCCAUACCACGAACGUCACACAUGGCCCGAAUUCUUCCGAGGCUUUGCAGAUGUAGGAAGCAAAGUCAUACAAGGCCCCGGCAACUCUGCAGCUAUCAACAACACCAGUGAAGCUUACGGGCCGGAUAUCUUUGUUGAUGUGAGAUGGGCCUGGCUUGCGUACCCGUUGGCACUUCUCGUUUACUCCGCGCUGUUUCUUUCUUUGACGGCGCUGGGUAGCAGGAGGCGCUCUUACCUGUUCAAGAACUCGAUAUUGGCUGUACUCGUUCAUGGUCUGGAGGGCUGGAAUGCGGCGGAUUGUCCUGAGCUGCUUACCGUAGCGAAAGAGAGGAAUAGUGACCUGAAACGAGCUCUGGAACCGGCAAAGGCGUCUUUCACUGAGAAUGACGACGGGUUGCUGAAGCUUAAGCGUGACUAA